UUCUCCUCUUCCCCAGAUUCUGGUUCAGACUCUCGCGGUUACGAUGGAAGAGGACUUUGUGCUGGCCCUGAAGCUGCAGGAAGAGUGGAACACUGAAGUCCCGACGUUCGUCGCGCCCCCCAGAGAGCCCAAGUCCCUUGUAGACGAGUCCUGGGAACUCGUAGACCCCAACCCAGAUCCCCGAGCGCUGUUUGUGCAGUUCAACAAGCUGUAUUUCUGGGGGCGGCUGGAAGCGGUGGAGGUGAAGUGGAGCUUUCGAAUGACUCUAUGUGCUGGAGUAUGCAGGUAUGAAGGGAAAGGUGGAAUGUGUUCCAUCUGCCUUAGUGAACCUCUUUUAAAACUGAGACCAAGAAAAGAUCUUAUAGAGACACUAUUACAUGAAAUGAUACAUGCAUAUCUAUUUGUCACUAAUAAUGACAAAGACCGGGAAAGUCAUGGCCCAGAGUUUUGUAAACAUAUGCAUCGCAUCAAUCGCCUGACUGGAGCCAAUAUAACAAUAUACCACAGUUUUCAUAAUGAGGUGGAUUUAUAUCGUCAACACUGGUGGCGUUGCAAUGGGCCCUGCCAGCACAGAAAACCCUACUAUGGUUAUGUGAAACGGGCAAUGAACAGAGCCCCAUCAGCCAAAGAUUAUUGGUGGUCUGAGCAUCAGAGGACUUGUGGAGGCACAUAUAUAAAGGUCAAAGAACCAGAGGGCUAUUCAAAAGCAGGCAAGAAGACAACAAAUCUAGGAAAGCAUCCAAGCUUGGGGACAGAAAGUAAAGAUAAAGGUAAACCAAAGGAAGGAGGGAGCCAGCUGUUGAGUCCCUUCAGUGGAAAAGGCUAUCUCCUGGGAGGAACAAGCAGUACAUCCUCACUUGGGAAACGAAUCAACUCACAUCACACCAUUAACAAAACCCAAGAACUGCUCAAUCCAAACAGCUCAUUGGUUACCAUAAGACCUAAUCAUAAAACUGAGUUAAAAUCAAAUUCAUCCCAGAGAAUUAACAGCUCUGAAGAUAAAUUACCAAAUAAGAGACCCAAAAUUGAAAACAAAACUGCUUUUGCCAAUUUUUUUAUCAAAAAAGAACAAAUUAAUAGCAUAUGUACAAGUGGUAAUGGCACAAACUGCAAUUCAUUCCCUGUCACCUCAUCUCAGAAUUCUAACAAUUUAAUUAGUCACAAAAAAGGGGUGAGCUGCCCUGUUUGCCAGACUCAAGUUUUAGAGGCUCACAUUAAUGAACACUUGGAUUCCUGCCUUAAGUAAGAAACCAUUGCCAAACCCUAGAGCUGCAAAUGUCUUUGGGAAACUAAUUUGUCUUAAUUACGUAGCAAAAAUUAGCUCAUGGGUAUAUCAUGCUAACUCAUCAAGAACUUAAAGAGUUGUAAUAAUCAUAUAUAUAUGUGUGUGUGUGUGUAUAUAUAUAUAUAUAUGU